UCAUCCUUUCAUUACAUAUUUAAAAUUGCAACAGAACUUAGCUAGAAUAAUUUUUACUUUCAUCCAAAAUUGAAGAAAAGCAGCAAUAAGAAUUAUGCAGGAUUACGAAGAAGAGCGUUAUUUUGACGAAGAAGAACGAGCCAAUUUCAUUAAAGUAAUUUCAAGUUUUAAAUUCUACAGACGAAAUUGCUUUUCCCGCAUAGACCAGCGAAUCUGUUAUUUAUCGACUCUCAAUCAAAGACAACAAAAACUUCUUGAAAAGUAUAGAAAAUAUUUGAAUUCAAUUAAGGAAUGUGUCGAAGCCAAUAACAGAGUGAUUGAGAAGAUGAUCUCAAAUGUUGAUAGUCUAUUCAUAAACUCAAAAAGUAAUAUAGAACCACAAGAGAUUAUUCAUGUACAGGAUCCGGACUCUGAUAAAGUACAUAUCACAAUUAAGCAAAUUGUACGUGACUGGACAGAUUUAGGAGCUGAAGAAAGAGAACAUUGUUAUAAGCCCAUCAUUGACGAAAUUGUUAAUCAUUUUGAUGCUUCAAACAUGAAGAAAAAUCAAUUUAAAAUUCUGGUUCCUGGAGCAGGUCUUGGACGUUUGGUUUAUGAAAUAUCAUUACGUGGAUUCUUUUGUGAAGGAAAUGAGUUUUCCUUGUUUAUGCUGAUUGCCUCUAAUUUCAUACUGAAUCGCUGUUUGAUGGACAAUCAGUUUGAAAUUUAUCCAUUUUGUCAUCAAUUUGUGAAUAAUUUGAAGAGAGAAGACUCAUUGGUAGCUUGUCGAUUUCCCGAUAUGAGUGCCUUCCAGAACCCACCCAAAGGUGAAAUGAAUAUGAUUGCUGGUGAUUUUGUUCAAGUUUAUGGUGAUCCAUCGCAAGAAAACUCAUGGGACUGCAUUUGCUGCUGUUUUUUCAUCGACUGUGCUAAUAAUAUUGUAGAAUUCCUUGAAAUCAUUUAUAAAUUACUUCGAACUGGAGGUAUUUUCAUUAAUUACGGACCUUUACUUUAUCACUACUGCGACGUACCGAACGAGUUCAGUAUUGAGCCAAGCUAUGAAGAUUUGCGAGAAAUUAUCGAGAAAAUUGGCUUCAAAUUUCUUAAAGAAAAUAAAAAAGUGAAGUCAAAAUAUUCACAAAAUCCAUCAUCAAUGGCUCAACUUGAAUAUAAUUCAGUAUUCUUCGUUGUACAAAAGCAAUCAGCACCUGAAACUACUGAUGACGAGCAAAACGGAAAUGAAAUUAAGAAUUAAUAAACAACUUAACUUUUAUUUUCUUAUAAUGUUUAAUUUCUUUUAAAAUGACAGUAAAUUUUCAAUAAAAAUGCCAAAAAUUAAUUUUAUAACGUUUAUUCGAA